GGCGGCAGAGGUGGGAACGGGGUGCUUAUCCUCAGCACGCACCUCGAGUACCCGGCGAUAACAAACGGCGCGGCGCACAACGGUUUCGCGGUGAUGGUGCGCGUCAAGGCGCCGGCGCUGGUGCCAGCGGCGGCCGGACGCGCGCCGGUGGACCUGGUCGCGGUGCUCGACGUGAGAGGGAGCAUGGCGGGCGCCAAGCUGGAGCUCGUGAAGCGCGGCAUGGGGUUCGUCAUCGACAGCCUCGGCCCCCGCGACCGCCUCAGUGUCGUCGUCUUCUCCGACGCCGGCGCGCGGCGGGUCGUCCGGCUGACGUGCAUGUCGGAGGACGGGAAGGCCACGGCCAGGCACGCCGCGGAGUCCCUCGUCGCGGCGGCCGGCUCCGGCCCGGCCGACCUACGUGGCGGCCUCGACGAGGCAGCAAAGGUGUUCGACGGCAGGCGACACAAGAACGAUAACGUGCAAGUGCACACGUUAGUGUUCGGCGCCGACCACGACGCGGCGGCAAUGCACGGCGUCGCGGAGGCCACGGGCGGUACCUUCUCCUUCGUCGAGAGCCGCACGGGCAUCCUGGACGCGCUCGCGCAAUGCGUGGGCGGGCUCCUCUCCCUCGCCGCGGAGGGCGUUUGGAUCGAGGCCUAUUGCGGCUGGCCCGACGCGAGCCUCAGUCUCAGGGCGGUCAAGUCCGGACGCUACGAGAGCCGCGUCGCCCACCCCGGCGCCCCCGACGCCAAGGCCUAUGUCGAACUCGGCGACCUCUACGCGGGAGAGGAGCGGCGCUUCCUGAUGCUCUUCGACGUCGAGAGCGAAGAUGGCCCCGGCUGCGACUCCACUUACCUCAUGAAGCUCAGCUGCAGGUAUUGUGACACGGCGACCGACCAGCUGGUGGAGGUACACAGCCAGGAGGUGGAGGUCAAGAGGCCCCUGGACGCAGCGGACGUGGCGCCGUCCGUGGAGGUGAAGCGGGAGCUGCUUCGCGUCGAGGCGGCGGAGGACAUGGCCCGGGCGCGGGAAGCGGCCGAGCGCGGCGCCCACGCCGAGGCCGCGCGGAUCCUCGGCGCCCGCCGGGAGUCGCUACUAAGCAGGUCCGCGUCGCCGACGUCCGGCGACGUCAUGUGCGAGGCGCUGGCGGCCGGGCUGCGCGAGCUGAGCCUGCGCGUGUCGGACACUCGGACGAGCAGGAGUACCGGAGCACGGGCCGCGCGAGCCUGCUCGCCGGCAGAAUCGUUGACGUCCUUUCUGAGUCUCCCGUACGGGAGUCACUUAGUUUUCCGGCGGCCAUGGAGGGCCAUGGCUAGCAUCCCCAGUCUCCCGUACGCGAGUCCAGCGUCCGUGGCUCACCUGAUCAGAGCGACAGGGUAA